GAGCUCGGCAUUCGAACCUCCCUCGCAAAGACGCUCCCCGGCCCACAAUGCACCGCGGCGGGCAGCCUUUGAAAAAGCGGCGCGGCUCGUUCAAGAUGGCGGAGCUCGACCAGUUGCCUGACGAGAGCUCUUCAGCAAAAGCCCUUGUCAGUUUAAAAGAGGGAAGUUUAUCUAAUACAUGGAAUGAAAAGUACAGUUCUUUACAGAAAACGCCUGUUUGGAAAGGCAGGAAUACAGGCCCUGCUGUAGAAAUGCCUUUCAGAAAUUCAAAACGAAGUCGACUCUUUUCUGAUGAGGAUGACAGACAAAUAAAUACAAGGUCACCUAAAAGAAACCAGAGGGUUGCAAUGGUUCCACAGAAAUUUACAGCAACAAUGUCAACACCAGAUAAGAAAGCCUCACAGAAGAUUGGUUUUCGGUUACGUAACCUACUCAAGCUUCCCAAAGCACAUAAGUGGUGCAUAUAUGAGUGGUUCUAUUCAAAUAUAGAUAAACCACUUUUUGAAGGCGAUAAUGACUUCUGUGUAUGUCUAAAGGAAUCUUUUCCUAAUUUGAAAACAAGAAAAUUAACAAGAGUAGAAUGGGGAAAAAUCAGGCGGCUUAUGGGAAAACCACGGAGAUGUUCUUCUGCAUUUUUUGAGGAAGAGAGAUCAGCAUUAAAACAGAAACGGCAGAAAAUAAGGCUCUUACAACAAAGGAAAGUUGCAGAUGUUUCACAAUUCAAAGAUCUCCCAGAUGAAAUUCCUUUGCCUCUGGUUAUUGGAACCAAAGUUACAGCACGAUUACGUGGUGUUCAUGACGGUCUGUUCACUGGACAAAUAGAUGCUGUGGAUACUCUUAAUGCUACUUAUAGAGUAACUUUUGAUAGGGCGGGGCUUGGAACCCAUACCAUCCCUGACUACGAAGUUCUUAGUAAUGAGCCUCAUGAGACGAUGCCAAUUGCUGCCUUUGGACAAAAACAGCGGCCUUCUCGAUUUUUUAUGACCCCACCACGGUUACAUUAUACUCCUCCUCUCCAGUCACCAAUUACGGAUAAUGAUCCUUUAUUAGGACAGUCACCUUGGAAAAGUAAAAUUUCUGGCUCUGACACUGAAACAUUAGGUGGUUUUCCAGUAGAAUUUCUUAUUCAAGUGACCAAAUUAUCCAAAAUUCUCAUGAUUAAAAAGGAACAUAUCAAGAAAUUAAGGGAGAUGAACACAGAAGCGGAAAAACUGAAAUCAUAUUCCAUGCCUAUUGGCAUCGAAUUUCAGCGGAGAUAUGCAACAAUUGUUCUAGAACUUGAACAGCUGAACAAGGACUUAAACAAAGUUUUGCAUAAAGUUCAACAGUACUGCUACGAGCUUGCUCCAGACCAGGGGCUCCAGCCCGCAGACCAGCCAACAGACAUGAGACGGCGCUGUGAGGAGGAAGCACAGGAGAUCGUUCGGCAGGCAAACUGCUCGACAGGACAGCCCUGCGUGGAAAAUGAAAACCUGACAGACUUAAUCUCCAGGCUUACAGCUAUUUUAUUACAAAUUAAGUGUCUAGCAGAAGGAGGAGACCUGAAUUCCUUUGAAUUCAAAUCACUUACAGAUUCAUUAAAUGAUAUCAAGAGUACAAUAGAUGCUUCUAAUAUCAGUUGCUUUCAGAAUAAUGUAGAAAUCCAUGUUGCACAUAUUCAGAGUGGCCUGAGCCAGAUGGGAAACUUACAUGCCUUUGCAGCAAAUAACACCAACAGAGACUGAGUAGAAGGUUUAAUUAUUCCAACUGUAUAGGACUUCGUUUUUGAGACAUUCUUUUCCUUUAUAGGCUUACAACACCAAAUAACCUAACUGCUAGAUAACAAGGGAAAUUUAAAUCUCCAAGUAAUGCAUUUUAAUAUACUGUACUGCUUCUUAAACCAGCAUUACUGACCAGCAUUAUAUUUAUUUUUCUUUUAUUAUUCAGAUGCAGUAGCAUUGCUUAUGUUACAUAUGUCUGUUAGCAAGUAUUUUUAAAUUGAAAAUGUCUGAACAUAAUAUAGUUUCAUGGAAGAAUACAUUGACCAUUUUUUUUAAUGUACAUGAAUUCAACCCAACACAUGCAGACAACUACUGCAAUGGAGAACAUGAAGAAACAUCGUCUUCUUGUGCAUAUCGGUGGCAAUGUGGAAAUUCCAUCUGGAACAUUACAACUCCAGUUGAUUUAGUUGAUCACCAUCUCAGUCUUCAAAAGAUAAUAUCAUGAGGUGUGGGAAGUCCUGGUUUUAAGGAAGCCACUGGAAUAUAGAUGGGAAAUAUGGACUUUACAAGUAUAUAUGGUAUAUACUUGCAAUGUGACAUGGUUCUGUAGAUCAUUUUAUAAUAAUAUUUUAAUUUAUCAUAAUUUAUAAAAGAAACCUUUGUUGUUUGUUGAAAGAAAAUGAAGGAGCAGGAAAAAAGAUUACUGCAAAAUGCUAAAUUUCAGCAAAUGGAUUUGGCAUGUCUUUUCCCGUUGAUUCAGGGCAAAAUGUGCUAUUGUUAUGAGAUUUAUAUUUAAAGAAAAAAUGAUAACACACUAUUUUCAUAUUUUUUGUUUAUUUGCACAAAUUUAAACCAGAUUACUGGUUAAAAUCCCACAGUACACAAUUUAUGAAGUAAAAAGAUUUUUUUCAGGAAAACAAAUACAAUAACCAGUGCCAUGAAAUGGAGAAGAAAGGUUUGUUUUUGUUUUUUUAAGGAAAACCCUGCCUAAAAUGUUACUCUUGUAAAAAGUGUGUAUUUGGAAUAUUCUUUGUUUUAAUAUAGAAUAUUACAAAGUCAAAAUAUAACAAAUUGUUUUCAGAUUUGGAAUUUAAGCUAUAGCUGUAGAGGUGAUUUUGUUUCUUUUAGAUGUCUCAUAAAAUGAGACUUUUUAUAUGUUAAUGUAUAUUAAAACUGAAACAAGAUUAUUUUCCAUUCGAAAUUUUUGUAUAGUUUAAAAAUGCUUCUGUAUUCUUUGUUGAUAUUGUGCCACUGCAAAACUUUAGUGCAGAGUUUAUAUUUAGCUAAACUGUUAUGUUAAUUAAGAAAGGCAUAAAUCUUUUAUUCUUAAUAUUUGUAAUUCUAAAUAAAUUGAUCUAUGAAAAUUAA